AUGUCCCCACCAACCGCGGACUGGAUCCAGCUCCAUGACCGCUUCUAUAGAAAGCAAGAGAUCUAUACCAUGCUCUGGAAGCAAGUGGAUUUGUCAAAGUACAUGAUUGCGGCUGCGCCCUUUGGCGGACCUUUGGCUCUUGUCCGCGACGACCGCAAGGUGCUCCUGCUACAAAAGCAACAGCCUGUGAAGCCCAGCAUUUAUCUUUACACGUCAUCUGGAAAGCUCAUGGAAACCAUCCAGUGGGAUAAGGGACGUAUCGUGGGAAUGGGAUGGACCGACAAUGAGCAAUUACUUUGCGUCUUGGAAGAAGGAACCGUCCGCAUGUAUAACAUUCUCGGAGAAUAUACCCAGUUUUCACUUGGCAAGGAGGCUAAAGAGAGUCGGGUCAUCGAUGUGCAAAUAUGGGGUACGGGGCUGGUUGCCCUCACAGGAAAUUUCCAGCUCAUUGCACUUACGAACUUUGACGAACCCCAGCCAUUGCCCCUGGAAGACCCUAAAAUCAACGAGCCUCCUCAUAGUUGGACGGUGAUCCCUCCAAAGUUCACCCUGAGCCGACAUGUAGAGGUUCUCUUGGCAGUGAAUUCAACAAUUCUUGUAGUGGACGCCACGGAGGCUAGGGAUGAGCGUUUACAACAAGGACCAUUUACAAAGAUGUCAGUGUCACCCGAUGGAAAGUAUUUGGCAUUAUUUACCUCCGAUGGAAAGCUUUGGGUCGUCUCCACCGACUUUCAAAAGAAUCUCUCAGAGUUUGCAACGCGAUCUCAAGUCCCUCCACAACAACUCGUCUGGUGCGGGACAGAUUCGGUCGUUUUGUAUUGGGACAAGAUUGUACUGAUGGUCGGGCCCUAUGGCGACUGGAUCAAAUAUUCGUAUGACGAUGCGAUUUUCUUGAUUCCCGAAAUCGACGGAAUCAGGGUCAUCAGCAGUGAAAAGUGCGAGUUCCUGCAGAAGGUGCCAGAUGUAACGGAGAAUAUUUUUAAAAUUGGAUCAACGGCGCCUGCAGCUAUGCUUUACGACGCUUUGGACCAUUUCGAGAAAAAGAGCCCAAAGGCGGACGAAAAUAUUCGGAGCAUUCGAUUGGAACUAUCAGAUGCGGUGGAGGCGUGCAUUGAAGCAGCAGGGCACGAGAUUUCUCACCAGUACCAGCGUUCUCUUCUCAAGGCAGCCUCAUUCGGAAAAUGCUUCUUGGAGGUUCAUAAUGCUGACUCAUUUGUCGAAAUGUGCAUGGUACUUCGUGUGCUGAACGCCGUUCGUUACUAUGAAAUCGGGAUACCCCUCACUUAUGCUCAAUAUCAAAGACUUUCGCCAGAAGCAUUGAUUGAUCGAUUAAUAAGUCGUCAUCAGUACUUGCUUGCAAUCCGGAUUUGUGAAUACCUCAAAAUGAGGACGGAUAGAAUCCUUAUUCAUUGGGCCUGCUCCAAAAUCAAGAAGUCCAGCGAUGACGAAGAUACCAUCUGUCGCAUGGUUGUGGAGAAACUUGCCAAUAAACCGGGGCUUUCUUACUCGGAGAUUGCCAUGACAGCACACAGGGCUGGCCAAUCCAAACUGGCAACGAUGCUUUUGGAUUAUGAGCCGCGGGCUGGCGAUCAGGUGCCCCUGCUGAUGAGCAUGCAACAGGAUGAGUUGGCACUUAUAAAGGCCAUUGAGAGCGGGGACACGGAUCUUGUCUACCAUGUGCUGCUGCAUUUGAAACGCAAGCUGCCACUCGGGGAGUUUUUCAAGAUCAUCGAUAAGAAGCCUUUGGCUUGUAAUCUUUUGGAAUCAUAUUGCAGGCAGCAGGACCCAGAACUUUUAAAGGACUUUUAUUUCCAAGACGAUCGCCGUGUGGACAGCGCCAAUUUGACAUUGAUGGAGAGUUUCCAGCUGAAAGACAUUACAGAACGAAUCAACAAGAUUAAGGCGGCCCUUCGCCUCUACCAAGAUGACAAGGAGCAUACAUUUGAAGCAAAGGCAAUCGAAGAGAGCAUCCGGCUCCUUCAGAUACAAGCGCAAUUGGAAAAGGAUUGCGCACAAGCAUUCACUGGUCUCUCCAUCAGCAGUACGGUCUAUAAACUCAUCACAAUUAACCAAAGCUCUCGCGCCUCUAAGGUUCGAGGCGACUUCAAGAUGCCAGACAAGCGAUUUUGGUGGAUCAAAUUGCGAGCGCUGGUCGAGAUCCGCGACUGGGACGGGGUUGCGACACUGGCGAAGUCCAAGAAGUCGCCGAUUGGCUACGAACCGUUUGUUGAAGAGUGUGUGAAGGCAAUGCAAUUCAAAGAGGCCGCCAAAUACAUUCUCAAGUGCGAUGCUCACCUUCGUGCAGGCCUGUUUUUAAAAAUCGAGGCAUUUCAAGAAGCCGGAGAGCAAGCGUUCCUGCAAAAGGAUCUGGACACACUGCGUGAGAUCAGGGACAAGUGUCCGAACACUGUGAUUCAGGGACAGAUCGAUGGAUACCUCACUCAACUGGCCUCGUCUAGAUAG